UGACUAGCAACACCUCAACGGAGGAGGUGUUCCUGGCGGCCAUCUUGGAUGCGCGGAGUGAUUGUUUGGCGAAUAGAAGUAAUAGGAAAUAAAAAAUAAAGACCGAAAAAAAAGUUGGGAAAUCGGUCACGGAACACAAGGUGAAAGAAAGAGCUAAGGGAAGGUGAAACUAAGGAAAAUCAGCAAAAGAAGGCAUGAAGAAAACAUCUUAGUCAAGUCAUGGCUGAUAAAAGAAAACUACAAGGCGAAAUUGAUCGAUGUCUAAAGAAAGUGGCCGAAGGAGUAGAACAGUUUGAAGACAUCUGGCAGAAGCUUCACAAUGCAGCCAACGCUAACCAAAAAGAGAAAUAUGAGGCUGACCUCAAGAAAGAGAUAAAAAAAUUACAGCGCCUCCGAGACCAGAUUAAGACGUGGGUGGCCUCAAACGAGAUCAAAGACAAAAGGCAGCUAGUGGACAACCGCAAACUAAUAGAGACACAAAUGGAGCGCUUUAAGAUUGUGGAGCGAGAAACAAAAACGAAAGCGUACUCCAAAGAGGGACUCGGUCUUGCUCAGAAAGUUGAUCCUGCACAAAAAGAGAAAGAGGAGGUUGGACAGUGGCUCACGUCGACGAUAGACAUGUUAAACAUGCAAGUGGAUCAGUUUGAAAGUGAGGUGGAGUCACUCUCAGUUCAGACACGGAAGAAGAAAGGAGACAAAGAGAAACAGGAUCGGAUAGAAGAGCUGAAAAAGUUGAUUGAGAGGCACCGCUACCACAUCUGCAUGCUGGAGACCAUUUUGCGAAUGCUAGAUAACGACUCGGUACAGGUGGAUUCCAUCCGCAAGAUCAAAGAUGACGUGGAGUACUACAUCGAUUCUUCUCAGGAUCCUGACUUUGAGGAGAACGAAUUCCUCUACGACGACCUGGACCUGGAGGAAAUAUCCCAGCCUUUGGUCGCUACUUCUCCUCCAGCGCACGCAGAGGAUGAAAUCUUCCAGCACUCCAGUUCCACACCAACUUCCACCACUUCGUCUUCCCCAAUACCUCCAUCCCCGGCUACUUGCACUACAAAUUCUGAGGAUGAUAAGAAGCGAGGUCGUUCCACAGAUAGUGAAUUCAGUCAGUCUCCGGUAAAGAAUGGCAAUCCAUCAUCUCUUUCCUCAACCUCAUCAUCCUCUACAUCCUCUUUGGGAUCCUCCUCUACCUCGGUGGUGUCUGUAGCCACCAUAGCAAGCAGCAGCAGCAGCAGCUCAGGAGGUGGAGGCAGCAGCCUCCUGAGCAACAUCGGAGGCCAUGUACAAAACUCAUGCAGCUACAGCUCUGCCAUCCAGCAGCAAAUGCAGCAUGGCCAACAGCAGCAUCAAUCCAAAAAUGCCUUUAACUUUCAACCCAGCACCUCUGCCUCUGCAGCUCCCUCCAGUAUCCUCUUACCCAACCCCACAUCAACCACGUCUCCUUCCAGUAUCAAUACACCCAGCAACCAGGCCCAGUCUCCGCUCACUCCAAGUCCAGCUUCCAGCUUAUGCCAUGCUCUCAGCCUGGGCCUAGCCAAAAGUGGUGCGCCGACCACCAGUGGUGUUAGCCAAAUUCCUAGCCUUGGUCUUUCAGGGAUGCUGGCAUCCAGGACCAAUCUGCCAGCGCCCCUUCAAGCUUCCACCCCAGCACCAUAUGCCCAGGCCGCUGCAUCUGGCACUUCCAACGCCACAGUUAACACCAAUGUCACAAGCUCCAGUGGUGUUCCAGCGGCUGGCACAAAUGGAAACAGUGUUUCAACAGGUCUCCUGGGGUCAUCAACAGGUCUCCUGGGGUCAGCACCAGGCACUACAGGCAUGAGCAGUGCAGUUUUAGGUCUCGGGACCACACAGACUACAGUGCAGCCCUCGUCUUUGGUGACGCCCAGCCCUGUUGGAGUGGGACUGGUUCAGACGAGCAGUGUGGGCGUCAUUGGGAGUAAUGGGGGAAACUCUACAUCAGGAAGUGCAGCAGCUGUGGGGAGCUCAGGGCUUGCACGGCCACCUAGUGGUCAGAAACAGAAUGGCGGCACGAAAGAGGCUUUCAUUCCACCCGCUCUCUCUCCAGCCUAUAGUGCCGUAGUAGCAGAUAGCGUGUCUGAUUCUGCCCUUGGUAGUGCCAGCCAGUUACAAAACAACCAAGCCUCAACCUUAAAUUCCACAACCAAUCUGCCUAAGGACAGCGUGUCCAGCCUUCUGGGGCCUAUCACUCUUGCUACCAGCUCACCGUCGCCGUCGUAUAGUGAGAGUAAACCAAGUGGGGGCAGCCUGCUGAAUGGACCUCACUCUUACACACAAGCGGCUGAUGCCAUCAAGCCUCAGGAACCGCUCAGUUCUCUGAAAUCGAUGGCAGAGAGAGCAGCUCAGGGCUCAGGUUUAGAGGGAGAACUCUCUGCACUCCAUCUUCCUGGAGUAAACAAAGUUGGAGAGUGGAAUACACGGGGGUGCAAUGGUUCAGAUAUCUUCCCUAGUUCCACUGCCCCAUCAGGUACCCCUACAGCCCCCCAGUCUUCUCUUACAGAGGUUAACAUUCCUCCGUCGCUGGGCGUCUGUCCUCUAGGUUCUGUUCCCAUCUCCAAAGAGCAGCAAUACCAGCACAUUAUGCAAGAGGCAGCAUGGACACACAUGCCCCACCCGUCAGACUCGGAGAGGAUCAGGCAGUACCUGAUGAGGAAUCCCUGUCCUACGUUGCCUUAUCAUCACCAGGUGCCACCACCACACUCGGACUCUGUGGAGUUCUACCAGAGGCUGUCCACAGAAACGCUGUUCUUCAUUUUCUACUACCUUGAGGGCACAAAGGCUCAGUAUUUGGCAGCCAAAGCCUUGAAAAAGCAGUCCUGGAGGUUCCACACAAAGUACAUGAUGUGGUUCCAGAGGCACGAGGAGCCGAAGACCAUCACUGACGAGUUUGAGCAGGGGACAUACAUUUACUUUGACUACGAGAAGUGGGGCCAGAGGAAAAAGGAAGGCUUCACUUUUGAGUACAGGUAUCUGGAGGACCGGGACCUCCAGUGACAGCCAAGAAGAGCCACAGACUACUGUCGACAUUCCUGGUCUUGAACCCGCGCUCUGGGGCACGUGUAGUGUGGCGACUCAGAAGCUGUUGCGAGGCUGUUUUAUGUCUCGUCGGAGCAUAUUGCCUUUGGAGUUUUUCCCAGUACCUUUUAUUUCCCUCUCACUUUUCCAAUCAUGUUUUAGGAAAUCCUGUCAGAUUGUUCUUGAGCCAAAGAGACGCACGCCUACAGAAGUUCAUCUCGUAUCGUAGACAGCAAACACAAGUCACACACUGUUGCUGCUACGAGUUGUAGUGCACAAGCAAACGUUUAAUAUCUGUUCUAGCACAAGGAAAUCCGUGCAGCGCGAGACCAAUUCAGUUGCUUAUUUUCGAACUCUGCGUCAUUUUAAAGCUCCACAAAAUGAACCGACCUGCAUUCGAUGUGCACUCGUAAUUGACUAUUCUGUUCGUUUCCUCCCCGUACCUCAAGCACGGUUUUUAAAUACAACGGGAUGCUUUAACAAUUAGGGUCGAUGUCCUAGUUUAAUGGUCCGACAUUCAAGAGGAAUUACAGUCUGUACUUGUCCCUCAUCCAUCCAUCCGUUCAUAUCCAGCUCCUUAUUCUAACUACAGAUAACACUGUAUGACACUGCCCAGAGCGAGAGAGAAUUGGAAAUAAAAAGCACCAGCACUAAGAAAAGAAAAAAAAAAAUCCUCGAGGGUCGGUUCACGUGUCUGCUCAUACAGAUUUGGACAUGCACUCAGUACUGAGGCUCAGGAAAAAAAAACAAGAUUAAAUAGAAAAUAAAAGACUUGGUUUGCAUGACCACGGUAUUGUGUACGGAUCACACAGAACCUUGGUUUAAAAUGACAAAAUAAUUCUGUGGGUCAUUAAAAGCCUGCGGUCACUAUGAGAUGAAUUGGUACUCUGACUCUGAAUGUUUUUGGACAUUCACAGAAGAAGAAAAAACACAUGCUUUUCUAAAGCAUCACUAGUCACAUUAGGGACAAACUCGUUACAAACGUUCACCUUAUUCUCCAGCCAUCAUGCUUCAUUUCCCAGAGCUGCUUCUGCAUCAUUAUAAUAUUCUCCAAUGUUUGGAGCACCAUCCAGACCAAUCCGUUGACGAGAUGCUGCCAUCUUAGCUGUAACUCUCUGAAGAAAACAGAUCCUCAGCAGUUUAAUUCCAUUAAACACGGUGCACGAAACCUGUUUAACACGCAACCAUGCGCCACAUCCUGUUUUUGUUACGUUUACCUUUUUUGAGCGUACUGUAAGGAAGAGAAUUAAAAUGUGAAUUAUAAUUAUAUAUAUAUUUUUUCCUAACUGGAAAAAAAAAGUGAUGUACAGAGCGAUCUUUUCAUCUCACGUCUCCCCCUCGUCUCCUCCCUCUCCGUAUUCAAAGGAACAGCCUGAACGACGAUCGUUGCAAAGUGGAGAGGAUUUCAAGAACAUUACACAUACAAGACAUUCAAAUGAAGUAAAGGAUUGUAAAAUAUUAAUAAAGAAAUGACUUUUCAAAAAA